UCAAAUUAAAAUCUUUUUUCCUGCCACCAUUAUCCCACGAUCAGAAGGUAGCAGAAUGCUCGAACCUCCAACCUCCCUUGGUGCUUUCCUACUCUAAUGGUUUUGUUCAUUUAACCAGUUCUUCAUUCUCAGCUAACUUCCUGCCUUUUCGUCCCCUGCUCGACGCCGAACUUCAAGCCCCUCUAGCACUGCGCCUCUCUGGCCCUGAUGCCUUCUUCUUCCUGUACCUCACAUCCUCUUCUUUAUCCCUCUUUCCAACUCUGCUUCUGAAGCCUCCGAAUCCCCCAUCCUUUGCACCCUUUGCCAACCCACCCAUGAAUGUGAGCAAGAGCGCAACUUCGGAGGUCUCCGACGACUCUAUGACCCGCAUGGACUUGUUCAAGAAAUUUAAGCGCUGCAACCCUCUCGAACCUUCUUUGGGCAUAGUUGGCUUCUUCUUGAUUGUUAUUCUCUUCGUCAGCUGCUUCUUUUACCUUGACUACGGGGCUGCUAUAAGGGGGUUAAGCUCUCGGGGAGUUCCUUUAUUGGGAUUGCAUUUUUCGUCCUCAUUUUCGCCUCCACCCUUGGUUGGGGAUGCUCGGGUUGAAUUUCUGGAUAAAGAGGGUGAUGGGUGUGAUGUAUUUGAUGGGAAUUGGCUCUGGGAUGAGAGCUAUCCACUAUACCAUUCCACGAAUUGUUCAUUCUUGGAUCAAGGUUUUCGUUGCUCUGAGAAUGGUAGGCCUGAUAGCUUCUACACCAAGUGGCGCUGGCAGCCCAAAACUUGCAACUUGCCCAGGUUUGAUGCAAGGAAGAUGUUGGAAAAGCUGCGGGAUAAGCGGCUUGUAUUUGUUGGUGAUUCAAUUGGAAGGAACCAAUGGGAAUCACUCCUUUGUAUGCUCUCUUCUGUCGUUUCUAACAAGAGCACUGUGUAUGAGGUUAAUGGCAGUCCAAUCACAAAACACACAGGCUUCUUGGCAUUCAAGUUUGAAGAUUUUAAUUGCACUGUGGAGUACUACAGAUCUCCAUUUCUAAUAGUGCAGGGACGGGCUCCGAGUGGAGCUCCUAAAGAGGUCAAAAUGACUUUAAGAGUUGACCUAAUGGACUGGACUUCUCCCCAAUGGCGAGGUGCAGAUGUGUUGGUUCUUAAUGCUGGACAUUGGUGGAAUAAUGAGAAAACGAUUAAAAUGGGUUGUUACUUCCAAGUAGGGAAGGAAGUGAACAUGGAUAUGACUGUAGAGGAGGCGUUCAGAAAAUCAAUGAAGACAGUAUUCGAUUGGAUUGUCAGUGAAGUAAACAGGAACAAGACUUACGUUCUUCUCCGAACUUAUGCUCCCGUGCAUUUCAGGGGUGGCGACUGGAAUACUGGUGGCAGUUGUCGUUUGGAAACACUUCCUGAUUUAGGUUUGUUGCCUCCAUUAUCUGACAAACAUUUCAAAAUUGUCAUCGAUGCCUUAUCAGAGCACUUGAAUAAGUCGGAAGUGAAGAAUUUGGACUUGUUAAAUGUGACACAAAUGUCACUAAGCAGAAAAGAUGGGCAUGCAUCUAUUUACUAUCUGGGGCCUAGUAACACUAUAGCUGCUCUGCAGCGGGAAGACUGCAGCCAUUGGUGCUUACCUGGCGUCCCUGAUUCUUGGAAUGAGAUUCUUUAUGCAUUUUUGCUUAAGCGGGAGACAUUUCGCACUCUCAAUACAUACACAAACAAAUAUUUUUGACUGGCACUGUGAAGUCAAUUCAUAGGAUCUGUGUGGCUGAUUGAUCUGGGAACUUUGCUGGGACUUCCAUGCGUAGCUGCACCAGAAUUUUCCAAACCACAUUAUGAUUACCUGAUCCUCUUUACAGUGAUCCGCCAUUGCAAGUCCUUACAAAUUCUGCACCAACUGAUCAGCAUAGCCUGGAUUCCACAUGCAGGGUGAAUUUUGGGACUCUGGCGAACAUAAAUUUCGCCGCAGACAAACUUGACACUAUGGAUUAGAAAAUGCAGCUCCGGAUUUUUUAAAAAUUUUUGCAUUUUGUAAAUUGUCAAAACCUCCGAAGGAUGAAAACUGUUUCCUUCGUAUUUAUAUUUGUAUAUGAUAUAUAGAAGGAGUGCGGGUUUUUCGGCCAA